AAAAUGCGUGAAUGUAUAUCCAUACACGGUGGGCAGGCCGGUGUCCAAAUUGGAAACGCCUGCUGGGAGUUGUACUGCCUAGAACAUGGAAUUCAGCCUGACGGGCAGAUGCCCUCGGACAAAACAGUUGGUGGCGGCGAUGACUCCUUCAACACGUUCUUCAGUGAGACUGGAGCAGGCAAGCACGUACCUCGAGCAGUAUUCAUAGACUUGGAGCCCACAGUAGUAGAUGAGGUGCGUACAGGUACGUACCGUCAGCUGUUCCACCCGGAGCAGCUGAUCACUGGCAAAGAAGACGCAGCCAAUAAUUACGCACGAGGACAUUACACUAUCGGCAAGGAAAUCGUCGACCUUGUGUUGGACAGAGUGCGCAAGCUGGCCGAUCAAUGUACGGGACUGCAAGGAUUUCUCAUCUUUCAUUCUUUUGGCGGCGGCACCGGCUCCGGGUUCGCAUCAUUGUUAAUGGAGCGCCUUUCCGUGGACUACGGCAAGAAGUCUAAACUGGAAUUUGCUAUUUACCCAGCGCCGCAGAUCUCUACAGCCGUCGUCGAGCCCUACAAUUCUAUCUUGACUACCCAUACUACCCUGGAACACUCUGACGCAGCCUUCAUGGUCGAUAAUGAGGCUAUAUAUGACAUCUGCCGAAGGAAUUUAGACAUUGAGAGACCGACCUACACUAAUUUGAACCGCUUGAUCGGUCAGAUCGUGUCAUCGAUCACUGCAUCUCUGAGAUUUGACGGAGCCCUCAACGUAGAUCUGACAGAGUUUCAAACCAAUCUGGUGCCCUAUCCUCGCAUUCAUUUCCCGCUAGUAACUUACGCGCCAGUGAUUUCGGCUGAAAAGGCUUAUCAUGAGCAGCUGUCUGUGGCAGAAAUCACCAACGCUUGCUUCGAGCCGGCUAACCAGAUGGUGAAGUGUGAUCCGAGGCAUGGCAAGUAUAUGGCGUGCUGCAUGCUGUACCGUGGAGACGUAGUGCCGAAAGACGUGAACGCUGCCAUCGGAACUAUUAAGACUAAGCGAACGAUCCAGUUCGUGGAUUGGUGUCCCACCGGAUUCAAAGUUGGUAUAAACUACCAGCCGCCAACUGUGGUGCCCGGUGGAGACCUGGCAAAAGUGCAGCGCGCAGUUUGCAUGCUGUCUAACACAACUGCUAUCGCCGAAGCUUGGUCACGGCUAAACCACAAGUUUGAUCUGAUGUACGCCAAGCGUGCGUUCGUCCACUGGUACGUAGGCGAGGGUAUGGAGGAAGGAGAGUUUUCAGAGGCCCGUGAGGACUUAGCAGCUCUCGAGAAAGAUUACGAAGAGGUCGGCAUGGACUCUGGAGAAGGUGAAGGCGAAGGUGGCGAAGAAUACUAA